UUUUCGCAAUAUGGGCUGCUAGAUCUAAAAGAGAAUAAGAGAAGGAAGGCGGCAAAGUUUCAUAAUAUUCCAAAAGUGAGAGAAAGAAACACUCUCUAGCGCCCUAAUCAUUGCAGUGCAACAUUUGACACUUCAAAUUUGAGGAUUAUUGUGGUUUAUCACACUAAAUUUCAUGAAUGUGUGGUCUUUUUACCGAAUUUGUUCCUAAAAGGAGGGCCCCUCAUGACUGAGAUUGAGAAUUGUUCUUCUGAACCAACAACAAUCAACCAAUUUCAGAGUCAAAUUUCGAUGAACAAUGGAAUGCAAAGUUCAGACAUGUCUGAAACCUCCUCCAAUUCCUCACGGAAAAGAAAAAGUAAAGGUAAGAAGGUAUCAUUCAAGCGACGGAACCCUAGCGUGGUUGUUCGACGUCAUAGGACUAAUAAUGUGGACACUAUCGGCCUUCCUCUGGGAAUGUCAUUCGCCGCAGUUAUGGCUCAGGUAUUGUAUAGACAAGAUGUAGCAGCUGAGAGUAUAUCUCCAAGUCAUCUUUCCGUGAUGUGUACAUCAGCUAUCAAGGAAUCUCUUGCCAGUGUUUUUGGAGAUAAGCUAGAUGGUUUGACAAGGAACUUUGAGCAAUCUUUUAGUAGCACAUUGAGUACUCUCCAAUCAGUUUACGAAUCAUCCAAGUGCAAUGAAGGAAAUAAAUUGAAUAAUAUGAAGAUGGAAAUUCUGAGUUCUAGAUUGACUGUUGACAAAGGAGAAUGCUCAGGUGAUGCUUUUAGAGAGAGUGGUCCUUCUAGACCAUAUGAUACUGAAAUCCAUCAAUCAAUCAGUCGUGAUCUUGUUGAAGAGGUCAAGGAUAACUUUCAUAGGGACUCUGUCAGUCAUGAUUAUCCUGAAGAGGACAGGGGAGGGGAUAACUUUCAUGUAAAUUCAGUUAGUGACGAUUCUCCUGAAGAGGGCAGAGAUAAAUUUCUUAUGGAUUCAGUUAGUCGUGAUCUCGCAUUGUAUGGGCAAUCAGAUCAAAUGGUUUCUUUUUCUCAAAUAUCAUUUGGAUCAGUCAAUAAUCCUAUGGUUAGUAUUUUUGAGAAGCAUGUCGCAGAGCAGGGUCGUUCUAAUGACCUCAAGGCACUUGCAAUUGGCCUUAAAAUGGAAGAAUUGAACAUGAAAAAGGACGAAUUGGCUCUCAACCGUGAUUUGAAUAGUCUAAGCAGAUCGAAAUUAGCCAUGGGAGAAUCAAAGGCGUCUUUCAAAGCUGAAAAGUUUAAGACUGAGUUAGAAGAUACCAGGCAUGGUGAACUAAAAAAGAAGUGCAUAGACUGUCUUAUCACUGGUUUGCUCAUUAUGUCAUCCUCACUUUUCUAUGGUGCUUAUGUCUAUUCCUAUGAACGGAUUGCUGAAGCUACUGAAUCAUGUACACCAUCAACCCAGGAAUCUUCCUCCUGGUGGACUCCCAAGUCAGUGACCUCAUUCAAUUCAAAGUUGCAUAUUUUGUGGUGCCAGGUUCAAGUAAUGAGCCGAAUGAUGUUUGGUGUCUUGAUGAUUUUUGCUGUUGCAUAUUUGCUCUUGCAGCGAUCAACAACAUCAUCAUCACAGAGUAUGCCUGUUACUUUCAUCCUUUUAAUGUUGGGAGUUGGUUGUGGCUAUUGUGGCAAGCUGUGUGUGGAGACACUAGGUGGUAGUGGUAAUGUGUGGCUCUUAUACUGGGAGAUGCUAUGUUUGCUUCAUUUCUUUUCCCUCUGCUGGACACCUGCUUUGUUCCAAAUCCUUCAUGGACCAGUCACUGCAUGGCAAAUAACGGAAAAAAAAACAAUUUUUCAGUAUUGGAUUCGCAGAGUUCUCUUCUAUACUAUCUUGCUAGUGUUUCUACCACUGUUCUGUGGUCUCAUGCCAUUUGCUAGCCUAGGUCAAUGGAAAGACCAUUUUGCAAUGGAAGGGUCAGAUUUUAACGGAUCGGAAUGGUAAAGCACUGUUUGGUCGUGGUCAGCCAAUUAACCAGUAGCCAAGCCUCAUUGGUUGUAUUUAUUUGCCUAAGUCCAGUUUCAGUUCAUGAUUUGCUAAUUAUUUUCUGCUCUGAUAUUCAAAGUAAUGGAAUGAGUACUGUAUUGUGAGCACCACCUUGCUUUGCAUUUGCUGGUGAAUUCUUUUAUGGUUUAAGACUGUUCACGAGUUCUUACUGAGGGAGAUGUAAUUUUUUGAGGGUAUAAAUUUAUGUAGAAUGGUGUAAAUGUAUUUGACAGUUAAUUAUGAUUUUUUUGUAACAAUGAUCUUAAAGUUGUAAACAGGAUGUUACAUUU